AUGGCGCUCCAACAACAUGAGCCAGUGCCAAUUGCGCCUCAAUCCUCCUUGUCUUUUACUCAAGGCUUCCUCCUCGGUCAGCUCUCAGUAGUCUUGCUGAUUGGAGCCUUCAUCAAGUUCUUCAUCUUUGGUGAAGCGCCGCCCCCUCCGUCCCGGGGCAUGUCCAAUCGCACAACCCACCGCCGCUACAGCUCAGUCUACAACCCACCGCAAGACGGUCAGAAAACAUUACGAGAGAAACCAUCCACAUCAAAUGUCCUUCGUCCUGUGCCUGCCACCUCUACAAAUACUCGAUCCAUCCUUCGCAAAACCUAUUAUAGCGCCAUUCCGACCAACCCCACCAGCAAACAUGGCCGACACCGCAUGCACCACUCAUCCCAUCAACCCGAGUCACUGGACUGGUUCAAUGUUCUCAUUGCACAGACAAUCGCACAGUACCGGCAAACUGCCUAUUCACUCAAAGAUUCGCCCACCUCCUCCAUUCUCAGCUCCUUGACAGCGGCCAUGAACAACCCGGAAAAGAAACCGUCUUUCAUCGACAAAAUCAACGUGACCGACAUUUCACUCGGAGAGGAAUUUCCUAUCUUCAGCAACUGUCGCAUCAUCGCUGUCGAUGAUCCUAACUCAGACGGCGGGCGUCUACAAGCCCUGCUGGACGUUGACCUUAGUGACGACAACCUGUCCAUUGCCGUCGAGACGUCCAUGGUCCUAAAUUAUCCCAAACCCCGCUCCGCGAUCUUACCAGUGGCGCUAUCGGUAUCAGUCGUGCGUUUCUCAGGCACACUCUGCAUCUCCCUCAUCCCAGCAUCGACAGAACCUCUCCACACACCGGCCGGGUCACCCGCAUCCCCACCCGAGUCGGGGUCGAAUGCAGGCCGCACAUCCUCAGAUGAUCAGCUCCCGCCAAAAAGCAGCCCAAAGAGCAACGUUGCCUUCUCUUUUCUCCCCGAUUACCGCCUGGAUCUCUCAGUCCGUUCCCUCAUCGGAUCCCGUAGUCGUCUACAGGAUGUACCAAAAGUAGCUCAACUAGUCGAGGCGCGCGUGCACGCCUGGUUCGAAGAGCGUGUCGUCGAACCCCGCGUCCAAGUUGUCGGUCUUCCAGACCUCUGGCCUCGCAUGGGCAGAACAGGCGUCCGAACAGGCGAGGACUCGGACGCCGGAUCUACAGCUCCACCACGGAGUGCUGGGUCCGCCGAUGGAAGCUCCAUUCGCUUCCCGGAUAACCAUGAACCGGAGGGUCUACGAUUUCGAGGGCCUCUGGAUGCACGGUUAGGGCUUGGUGCGGGCUCCCGCACAAGUAGCUUUAAUGUUGAUAUGGGUGGCCUAAGGAGCUCGAGUAUGACGAGGCAGGAUAGUGGUGCUACCAGUGAUCAAUUUGAAAUGCCUGGUGCUAUGCCGGCUGGCACGCCGGUUCCUGAGGGAGCUUGA